CAUCAUUGUCUUGCUAUAUAUUAUAUGUUCUCCUUCACUACUUUACUUUCUCCACAGUUAGCAUCACAAUAAUGCCUUCCCAAAAUUUCCUCACUUUGUUCUUCUUCCUUCUCCUCUCUUGCAACACUAUCACUUCAACCUCAUCACCAUCAUCACAAAAAGAAGACACUUUUGAUUUUGUUCGUUCAAUAAACCCAAAAUUGUUAGGCCUAAACAAGAAAGAAAAGCUAAGUCAUUUCAGAUUCUAUUGGCAUGACAUCUUGAGUGGAAAAAACCCAACUUCAAUUAUAAUUGUUCCACCAACAUUGAUUCUAAACACAACCACUUAUUUUGGUUCAGUCAACAUGUUUGAUGACCCUUUGACUUUGGGACCACAAUUAAGUUCCAAACUUGUUGGAAAAGCUCAAGGUUUUUAUGCUUCUGCAUCACAAGAUGAUUUUGGUUUUCUUAUGGCUAUGAAUUUGGCUUUCAUUGAAGGGAAGUAUAAUGGAAGUAGUAUUACUAUUUUGGGGAGGAACUCUGGUAUUAAUAAGGUUAGGGAGAUGCCUGUUGUUGGGGGUAGUGGUCUAUUCAGAUUUGCUAGAGGGUAUGCUCAAGCUAAUACUUAUAAGUAUGAUGUCAAAUCUGGAGAUGCUAUUGUUGAGUACAAUGUUUAUGUUUUUCACUAUUAGUAUUGAUGAUUGUAAAUUAUUGUUGUUGUUUUUAGGAUUUGUGUUUGUGUUGUUGUUGGUUUUUCAUACGUACUGGUCAGAAAUCGAACUCAUAACUAAAUGAUUUAGAAGUUUAAGUAUUUACCACUUGUGUCACGCUAUGUUGGAUUGCGGGUUCUUACUAUGGCUAUACGUUACUUUGGUUUUAUAAAUUUGUUGUUAUUUGUAGUCAUUGAAAUUAAGUUAUAAAUUUGUAGUCAAAAUGCUAAUA